AGGUUUAAUUUAUUUCAACUUUUUUGGGGCUGGAAAAGAAAGUAACGAAAAGGUUUCUUCUUACAUGGGAAAAGGAUGCCUGAUUUGAGAAGCGGAGUUCGACGAUCAAAAAGGGUCAACAACGUUGAGGAGAAUCCUGUUUUUGUAGUUCCAACUCCUCGGUGUGGCACAGGAAGAGGGUCAAGGCUAGCUAAUAGAGGUAGAGGGUGUGGUGCUGGAGUUGGGGGUCGAGGGCGCAUAGGUUUUGACGUCGCACUGAAAGAAAUGGACGCUAUUCCUAAUGAUAUUGUGGCUGAGAAAAGGAAAGAAUUGGCUCCUGUUGAGGAGGAAGGAAGUACAAAUCCUCUUCCUGAAAGGGUGAAGCUUGGCAAUUCCCCUGUAUACAAGUUGGAGAGAAAGCUGGGUAAAGGGGGCUUUGGGCAAGUUUAUGUCGGAAGAAGGGUAACAGGCGGCUCAGGGAGUACGGGCCCUAAUGCUGUUGAGGUUGCUUUAAAGUUUGAGCUUCGCAAUAGUAAGUCGUGUAGUUAUGGCCCUCCUUAUGAGUGGCAAGUUUACAGCACUCUCCAAGGUUGUUAUGGUCUUCCGUCGGUCCAUUAUAAAGGUCGUCAAGGGGACUACUAUAUUCUUGUUAUGGAUAUGCUAGGCCCGAGUUUAUGGGAUGUCUGGAACACUAAUAACCAGAUGAUGUCGGAAGAAAUGGUUGCUUGUAUAGGGGUGGAGGCAAUAUCAAUACUAGAGCAGCUUCACUUUAGAGGUUUUGUGCAUGGUGAUGUGAAGCCAGAAAACUUUUUGCUUGGUCAGCCUGGAUCACCAGAUGAGAAGAAGUUGUAUUUGGUUGAUCUUGGUUUGGCUUCAAGGUGGAGGAAUGCAUCUUCUGGUCGUCAUGUUGAUUAUGACCAAAAGCCUGAUGUUUUCAGAGGAACAGUGCGAUAUGCAAGUGUGCAUGCCCAUUUGGGAAGGACAGGAAGUAGGAGGGAUGACCUUGAGUCAUUAGCUUAUACUUUAAUAUUUCUCCUUAGAGGAAAGCUUCCCUGGCAAGGUUUCAUUGGGGAGAAUAAAGGAUUCCUUGUUUGUAAAAAGAAGAUGGCAACUUCUCCAGAGAUGCUUUGCUGCUUAUGUCCUCCCCCUUUUCAACAGUUUCUUGAGAUGGUGACCAAUAUGAAAUUCGAUGAGGAACCCAAUUACUCAAAACUUAUCUCCCUCUUUGAAGGUAGCAUAGUCUCUGCAGCAUCAGUGCGACCAAUCAGAGUAGAUGGUGCCUUAAAGGUGGGCUUAAAGAGGGGGAGAUUGCUUCUUGAGUUAGAAGAUGGUGAGCAGCCUAGGAAGAAAAUCAGACUAGGUACUCCAGCUACUCAAUGGAUCUCGGUCUACAAUUCCAGAGCAUCAAUGAAGCAGAGAUAUCACUACAACGUAACAGAUUUAAGACUUCAUCAGCAUGUGGAAAAAGGAAAGGAAGAUGGCUUGUACAUUAGUUCCGUAGCUGCAUCAACAAAUUUGUGGGCUGUUGUAAUGGAUGCAGGGACGGAGUUCACAUCCCAGGUUUAUGAACUCUCUCCUGUUUUCUUGCACAAGGAGUGGAUAAUGGAGCAGUGGGAUAAGAACUAUUACAUAACUUCGCUUGCUGGUGCAUCCAAUGGCAGUGCCUUGGUGGUAAUGUCCAAGGGGACAACUUAUACUCAACAAUCAUACAAAGUUAGUGAUGUAUUUCCUUUCAAAUGGAUCAAUAAAAAGUGGAAAGAAGGCUUCUCUGUUACCUCCAUGACCGCUGCAGGCAACAGAUGGGGGAUUGUCAUGUCUCGAGAUGCAGGUUAUUCAAAUCAGGUUGUUGAACUUGACUUUCUGUAUCCCAGUGAAGGGAUUCACAGAAGAUGGGAGAAUGGAUAUCGAAUUACGUCCACUGCUGCAACAGGAGAUCAAGCUGCAUUCAUACUAAGCACGUCCAAGAGGAGAUUGCAAGAUGUGACACAAGAAACUUUACGGACAUCAGCUUUCCCAAGUACUCAUGUGAAGGAUAAAUGGUCAAAGAAUUUGUAUAUUGCAUCAAUCUGCUAUGGGAGAACAGUUUCUUGAAGUCUGGGAUUUGAGAGAAUAAAAAUUAUGUUUAUGUACAGGCUAGCACAGGUACAAACAGAGGGAGCCUGUUGCUGAACUUCCAGAGAACAUGCAAAGAACUGGAACCCUGAUGGAAAAGGAUGUAGAGAUCAGAACGUACUUGGAGUCUGGAGAAUGUUUUGUCAGAGCAAGUCCAAAACUCAUCAUGUUUGUAGAGUUUCCAAAAGACGAUAUAUCUGCUCAGAUUUUUUCUUUUCUGGUAUAGUUUUGUCUCUGAUGAAUGACACCAUGGAGGCUCUUGAAGUUUUAAACCUUUUUCUUUUGUCCAAUUACUUGCAUAUCAAAGUGGGUGCUACAAGGAAUCACCCCCAAGAUAAAUGGUACAUUGUCACUGUAGCUGUGAAAGAAUUGUACCAUACUCAGUUGUUGUCCCCUUUUAUAUGAGAUUGGUAUAAAGAGGAGUUGGAUAAUUGGUUGAGACUUUCAUAGGUUCCAUUUAUAUCAAUGGUAUUUUCCAGAUUAGAUCUCCGGAUAAGAUUAAAAAAAGUAUUUCAGUUCCGGAGAGUUCAGAUAAUGGAGUAUGAUGCAGGUGGUUGUGAAGUUGACUUCAAAUAUUG